GAUUACUGGUCUGAGCGUAGAAGGGGAUUUGAUUUCACCGAUUAUCCAUCUUCGUCUGAUUAAAGAAAAUUCAGAAAAGUCGCGUCAAGAGCAAGAAAGGAUUCUUCAGAAGAUUGUCGAUGAGGCUCUUGAAGAUGGUGUUGCUUUGACAUUGGCUAGAUAUCUCAACGACCAGGAACUUCAUUUACCCUCGGCAAGCAUCCGCAUAACGGUCAACAGUGAACUUUCAUCUGAAGACAUCACUGAGAGUGCGGAAAAAAUCAAACUGGCCGCCAAAAACGUUCUUGUUUAGGCCACUGGAUGUUUUUAGAAUAGAAGAGAAUGCAAGUGUUAUAAACUGAAAGCGGACUUGUCAAUCUAUCGUUGUAUUUGUACCUCUGUCACAUACAUGUUUAAUCUUUUUGCGAGGCUUCUAGUAGAAAUUAGCAUUUACUUUUAAAAUCAUGACUUUGCUUUCCCACUGCUGUAAAAACUCGGAAAAUUUUAGAGAAGCAUGUAAAACAUUUCGACAAAAAGUGUUGGUGUCUCUGCGAUUUACGACCAAAGUAUUUUUUCUUUUGAUUUGGGGAUAGCUGCUGCCUUGCGUCCCUUACGAUUGAUUUUUAAUGAGCGAGCAGAAAUAUUGAAGUUUCCACCGACUAAUUUCCAGCAAGUUAACUUCCAACGAGUUGCGUAAAAGAAGUAGAUUUAUAUCCUUAUUUGAUUCAAUUGGACUGCUUGACUCUAUAAACAAAUAUUGGAUGUGAUAAGACAGGGGUCUUAUUAAGACAUUUUAGCCACCCUUUCACAAAGUUGUAAGUUUUUUACAAUGGUAUUUCUUGAAUACCUGCCAUUUUUCUUGAACUGAAGCGAGUAUAAUGUAGAAAGAGAGCUGCCACCUUUCAAGGAUUAUGGCUCUGGAGAGAAAAUCUAAUUUGUUUAUUUACGUGCUAAAGAUGCCUGCUAUAAAUAGGUUAUUGUUAUUAUGAUGGCUCGUUUAUAAUUUUUGUUGCUUUAGUUUACCCAAAGUCGAAGAAAUUAUUUAUUUUUGCAUAAAAGUUUUUAUUUUAUUUUCUUUACCUAUAUACAUACUCUUUUUUAGAGGAAUUUAAUCAGGAUACGAGCCACAGAAUUUGUCUAAAGUUAAGAAUAAAUUAAGAACAAGCUGAGGCUGAGGUACUGUAAGAAGUGAUAAAGGCCCUUGAAAAUCCCGUUUAAGACGGAGGAGUUGUUUUUUGCCAUUUAUGGGUGACUCUGUGUGACUAUGGGUGUCAGUAAUUUAAUUUACAUUUCUUAUACAAUCAUAGACAGUGUUAUUUAUUUUUGUUAUGCAAAUGUAAUCAAAAUUAUGUAUUUAUCAAUUAUUACUUAGCAUUUGUGAAAUUUAUGUAAAUUAUUUAUAAAAUAGAGUUAUAAUAAAAUCAUAUGAAGAUUAUUA